GCCUUGCCGGACCCGCGCCCCCUUACCCGUGUAUAAUUGCAACGUUCAUGAAUACAUAAAUUUAUUCACUGUCUUAUAUUUUUUUCUUCUAAAUCAAAAUUUUAUUAAACGGUUUUUCUUCGCCGAAGUGAUGUCUUCGCGAGACGUCGCAGUCUUCUCGUCAGUGGUGGCAGAGUGUGUGUGAGGGAAAGUGCGCGGCGGCAAGAGAGGUGGAGGAGGAGGGUGCGAGAGCGCCGGGUUAACAGGUUAUUGCGGAUUUCUGACACGUUUCUGCCGCCCUCGCUGUACUGGUACUUUGGCGAUUUUUUCGCCACACCGGCAAGUUUUGACAUGAAGAACGUUUUCUGCACAUUCCGAUUCGGAUCGAGUCGGAUGGAAAGUUCUUUGGACAACGGCACGUGCGAUGCUCAAUAGCAAUGACCGAACAGGGCAGUUUUCGCUGGAAAUACAUUAAUAAGUCGGAUAAGUCAAAAAGAGUCGGGAGGAGGUUUGCGGGACAUGCAGAAAAUUACGAAUCGUGGUAUUCGCGAUUUGGUGGUGAUGACAACCGUUUGUAGGUGUUCGUUUAAAGGCCGGUUCGUCGGCAACGAGAGGGUGUGAUGGCGUGAUGACCACCGCGAAACGUCUCCUUGGGUGGAGGAGCCGAAAGCAGUCGCACGACGACAGCUCCGCGGCGGGCCGGCUCGUCACAGGAUCUGCGUACGGAACUGGCGGAGGAGUCACUGUCGCUACCCACGGUGGUGGCGUCCACGAUCCUCACGAACUCGACGAAAUUGCCAUUGUAUCCAGCAACGCAGACCCAUUACACGUCAAGUACGGAAGUGGACCGUUAAACACCAUCAAUGGACCGAGAUUGGUACCAGGUAUUAUCACCAGUGGUGGUGGUCGUAUAAUAGGUGAUAGAUUAGGAGGAAGCGGAACGAUUUGUUCAUCAUUAGCACCAGCGGUAGGUGGUGCUAAAUCCAGCACUGAAAGUGUUCAUAGGGCUCUUAAGUCUGUUUCAAGACAGAGCCUUUUAGAGUUAGUAACCUGUAAGUUAGGUAUGUCAAGGAGUCGUCAACAGCAUCUAUACUCGUCAUCGCAUGACAGCAUCCCAACACCUUGCGUGACCCGUCCUACAAACGUCGUUAGUUCGGCAGCCAGCGAGUUGGAUUUAUCCAGAAAAACAAGGAGAAGAGAUUUACGAGGAAGACUCAAAUUACCCGCGAGCGUAGCGUUGGCAAGUUCCGGGGAAGCUCCUUUAUUGGGUGGUUGGAGGACUACUCCGGGAUCUACCUCCGGGACAAAUCCACCAUCUUCAAAUCAUCUCAAUUCAACCAGCAGUUGUAACGGAACGGAGAGUCGAUACGGGUUUCGAAGGGUUGACUCAUAUACAGCAAGACUCAGACCUGGUGGCAUCGGUUGGUCCUUUGUAUUCGACCCCGCGGGGAGGCUGUGCUAUUACUGGUCAAUGAUAGUCUCCUUCGCGUUCCUAUACAAUUUUUGGGUCAUAAUAUACCGCUUCGCCUUUCAAGAAAUAAACAGGGAAACGAUACUAGUGUGGUUUUGUUUGGACUACUUCGCAGAUUUUAUAUAUUUAGUGGAUAUAAUGUUCCACUUUAGGACGGGCUACCUCGAAGACGGUGUACUGCAGACGGAUUCGACGAAACUGCGUCACCAUUACAUGAACUCAACGACGUUUUACAUAGACUGUUUGUGCCUACUGCCACUAGACUUUCUCUACUUGUCAAUAGGGUUCAAUUCGAUAUUGCGCUCGUUUCGACUGGUGAAAAUCUAUCGGUUUUGGGCGUUCAUGGACCGAACAGAACGCCACACGAACUACCCGAAUUUAUUUCGCUCGACCAGUCUCAUCCAUUACUUGCUGGUGAUAUUUCAUUGGAACGGUUGUUUGUUUCAUAUAAUUCAUAAAAAUAACGGGUUCGGUUCUAAAAAUUGGGUGUACAGUGAUUCGGAAAGUACGGAUGUUGUUAAACAGUAUUUACAAAGUUAUUAUUGGUGCACGCUCGCAUUGACCACCAUUGGUGAUUUGCCGAGGCCUAGGAACAAAGGUGAAUAUCUCUUCGUUAUCAUUCAACUUUUGUUCGGGUUGAUGCUUUUUGCUACGGUGCUGGGCCACGUCGCCAACAUCGUAACUUCGGUAUCGGCGGCUAGAAAAGAAUUUCAAGAUAACUCGGCCGUAUCCAAAUUGGACGGCGUGAAAACGUACAUGCGCAUGAGGAGAGUCCCCAAUCAUCUACAAGUCAAAGUGAUCAAAUGGUUCGACUAUUUAUGGCUCACUCAAAAGUGUUCCGAUGAGGAGAGAGCCGUUUCUUGUCUUCCAGAUAAAUUAAAAGCGGAAAUAGCCAUCAACGUUCACUUAGACACCUUGAAACGGGUCGAAAUAUUUCAAAAUACUGAAGCUGGAUUCCUCUGCGAGUUGGUGCUUAGGCUUAGACCGGUUCUUUUCUCACCAGGUGACUACAUUUGUAGAAAAGGUGAAGUAGGUAAAGAAAUGUAUAUAGUGAAUCGAGGUAGACUUCAAGUGGUUGCUGAUAAUGGUAGAACUGUGUUGGCAACGUUGAAAGCUGGGAGUUAUUUUGGAGAAAUUUCUAUAUUAAACAUGGGAACGGCAGGUAAACACCUUGGAAACAGGAGGACAGCUAGCGUUCGAUCGGUUGGUUAUAGCGAUCUUUUCGUUUUGAGUAAAAAGGAUAUGUGGGAUGUUUUAAAAGAGUAUCCAGCGGCGAGGGUACGUCUGGAAGCGAUUGCUGUGAAGAGAUUAGAAAAGUAUAAAAGGGCGCCGUUGGAGAAAGCUGCAAUGGGUCGAAGUCAAUCGACUCCCGGCCUCGUGGAAUCAAGGGGGAAAAUCCCUUUAGAAGAAAUGUGGGUUCCACCGGGUUUGGUGGGCUUAACUCCUGUCUAUCAGAGAUCCUUGUUAGGUUCACCACCGAGGCCGCCACCGGAUAGCCCUGGAUCUACAAGCAGCGGGAGAAGUCGACAUCAUACUCCAGCUUCCCAAGCUAGAUCAGGCACAACGUUACAGUGUGACAGUAUGACACAGUUAGUGUCAGGAGCUGCAACGCCACUCCUGGGAUCUCACGAAGCCCUAGAAACGGAGAUCAAACGUCUGAGGGAAAGGCUACAAACUGUGGAAUCGGAAAAUGCUGCGAUGAGCGUCAAAUUGUGUCAACAGCAGUGGGAAUUGGAAAAUCGUCUGGCCGACAUCGAAAUGCAAAUUUGUGGUUCACGAUCGACUUCCAGCUUAGAAGACAACGAGAGGAACCGCGAGAGCAUUAUUUAACAACAAAAUGUGCUGCCUUACAAUAUAUUACAGACGCAUUCCCACGCGUUCGUACAAUAUAUUGUAUAAUGGUGGCAAAAAUUUGCGCUAAAUAACUUUAAAUUAGUUUGUAUGAGGUGGAGCGGACGUUAAUACGUGAAAUUAAAGCAACAAAAGAAACAAACAAACGAAUUUAACUCAUAAGCGCGUGUCUUUCUAAAUAAAUUAAUUAAUGAGGAAAAAAUUCAUUAAUGUUGUUGAGGUAAAAAACAGUGAGAAUUAUUGUAAUAAUGAUAAAAUGAUGAAAAAUGAUGAAACCGAGUAUUUAUUUCAACGUUGACAGAAAACUGCCAAUCCCGUGUUUGUACCCCAAAGUUUCAUAAUAAUUAAUUAUUUUUUUCUUAGCUCGGUACCUUGUAAAUACGUUAUUAGGAAAAUUGGAAAGAAAAUGCGAUAACCAAAUCAGCACGAAAUAAAAUUUUGUGGAGACAAAACCCCCGUAAGUGUUAUUAAUGUCGUUUUGCUUCAGGUAUUCGCCAAUAUCAAUGUAUGAAACUCCUUGCAAUGAGUUAAAAAAUAAAAUACAAAUUCCUAUAAUAACAUGCAGGGUUCAUUUUCAUUUCAAUUUUACACCAAAUUUUUUAUUAAACACUGCAUUUUAAUAUAAAAAUUAGUAUUUAUUUGUAUUUCAAAUUGCAGGAGUUUUGUUACAAUUACUUUUAAUCCUGCAAUUUGAAAUACAUAAAAUCAGUAGUAAUAAAAAAAACGAAGGAUGUUAGUGUGCUGGGACCAAACAAACGAAUUCAAUAUAGAACAAAAAAUGAAACGUUCACAUCCGUGUGUCCUGAUGCUUCCCACUUUGCUGAAUCGGUCUGUUAACCCUUAUCACUCCUAACACACUUUAAAGGAGUCACAACUGCCAAGUUUUAAAACUUUCAUCAUCGUAUAGAAAAAAAAAUGAUCCUAAAGAUCUUAAAGGUCCUAAAGAUCCUAAAGCGCUGUACCCCAUAUAGAAUAGCGACGAAGAAAAAAAAAUAAUUAAAAAGAACAUGAUAAUCCAUAGACAUUUUUUCUCUCUUAGGGCGAUUACUUAGUAAAUAGAAAUGAAAACGUUAUAUUUAUCUUUGUGUUUGUUUAAAUUUAUCAAAUAAUGAGAAGGAGAAUUAAAUAAUUACAAACAAAAAAAAGGAAAUGAAAAGAAAAUGUUAAAGAGACCAAAUAUUAUUAAGGAGUUUCACGAAUAAAUUUUGCUUCCUUAGUCGAAUUAAUAAAAUAAUUGCUACUGUGCAGGGUGAGUACAGCUUGGCAAAUCUAUCUUGGCUAACUGAGCAAAAGAAGGAAAAAACUUAGAACAUUCAUCUUAAUAUUACAGCUUCUCAGAAACACAAUCUCCAACAUCAAAUGAAGACUAUUUACUGCUUCCAAAACACGAGAUACUGAUGGAAAAUAUUGCUAUGUAUUUGGAAAGACGAGAUACUGCUUCUAAAAGACUACUUACUGCUUUCAGAAGACUAGAUACUCCUAGCAAAAGGCUAAUAGUUGCUUGAAAAGAGAAGAUAUUGUUUUCAAUACGCUACCUAAUGCUUCCAGAACGUUAGAUAUUGCUGGAAAAGAUUUCUGUCCACUUGGAAAGGCUUCCAAAAACUAUUUUCUGUUUUCAGAAGACUAGAUACUGCUUGAAAAAAAAAAAGAUAUUGUUUCCAAAAGGCUACUUACUGCUUCUAGAACGCUGAAUACUGCUGGGGAAGAUUUCUAUCUACUUGGAGCUAUUUCGAAAACGGCCGUGGUUACUCUUUUCAUCCAUUUCAAGCAAGAUGACAAAUGACAGCCACCAAAUCCUUGAAGAAAAGGUCUUCAAACAUGUUUUCUAGAUGUUUCCUAAUAUCAUCGUACCAGCGCAAAAUGGGACUUCCUUAGUUUCUUUUCUCUCCUCACUGUUUUUAUUUAUUGUCGCAAUAUCCCAUACGAAAUCCAUACACGAAUACAUUCACAUGCUAAGAUAGAUUUACCAAGCUAUAGAAAAUAUUCGAUUAUAUUAUCAAAGUUAUUACAACUCACCUUGUAUAGUGUAAAUUUCUAGCUUCUAAAUAAUUUUAUGUUAAUGCCUGUAUUGUUCACAUCAAGUGUUAAGACGUCGUAUAAAAAGAGAUUGAGAAAAAAAACUAUACUGACUGCCACUAACAUUAAGAUUGUAUAUUUAAAAGAAAUAAAAACCCAGAAAUAAAAGAAAAACUUUACGGGACUGUUUUGUAAUUGUACGGAUUAAAUUAAAAAGGAAAUAUGGUGAGGUGUUAAAUAAAAAGGAUAUAAAUAAAAAAAAAUUAAAAUAAAAUAUUUGUUGCUAAAUCGUUACGAUUAUAUUGAGAUGUAAUUUAUAUUAUUGUCAUUAAUAUUGUAUGUAAAUGUUACGUUUUCCACCGAGCAUGCGAGAAAUCUUAUGACAACCAUGAUAACACACUGUUACACACUCAUAUCAUGUGGGAUGUAAAUUCAUUAAAUCGAAUGUCACCGGGAAAGAUCGGUAAAACAUGCGUAAGGGCGAAUAAUCAAUGACACAAAUUAAUAAAAAGAAAACUAAUAAAUAAAUAAAAUAAUAAAGCGAAAUAACAUGAAAAAAAUUACUGUACAUUUUGUUCGAAUUGUACAGAUAGACUGUAAACGGUUCUUUGCAAUUUUGUCCCCCUUAGCUAAUUCCAUAAUUGUAUGAUCACCGUUUUGUCAUGUUAUUCCUAACAUUUAAUAUAAUUAAAUAACAAUUAAAUAAUUUAAAUAUAA